AUGCAAGUCCAAAUCGUGUCCGACCUCCACCUCGAGCUCGACCGCCCGCGCAAAGGCGCAUACCAAUACGAGCUGCCCGUCAAAGCGCCGAACCUGGUGUUGAUAGGCAAUACGGGCUGCACGGUGGACGAGAAAUUGUUUGUGUGGCUUAAGGCGCAGUUGACGAAGUUUAGGCUUAUAUUCUAUGUUUCUGGGAAUAAGGAGCAAUGGGGCUCCUCCGUCAUCGAAUCCACCGAACGUCUCCGCGCCUUCGCCCGCUACGUAAACCAAGACGACGCCUCCGGCACCUUCGUCUACCUCAACCGGAACCGCUACGACGUCGACCACACCCUGACCAUCCUCGGCUGCACGCUCUGGUCGCAAUCCAGGCGGGGAACACCAACCCGUGGACAAUAUGUCGGAACCAGCUUCAACUGA